AUAAUUGACAGUACUUUCGAUGGUAUAUGUCUUGCUGGCAUCAAGAUAUAAUUUAUAUAUAUUUUAUAUCGCCAUUUUUCGUAUAUAUUUUGUAAACAGCUAAUCUAAAAUGGGUGAGAUAUCAAGCUGGGAAGACAUAGAAAAUGAUCAAUUUUUUAAACAACUUUUGAAUGCCGACUCCAAAAAGACUGACGUCAGCUCGCUACUGUCAGUUGCUCAACAAUUAAACAAGUUAGGACAAGCUAUCGAAGUGUUAAAUGCUGAGUUGCAGAGACAAGUACUUGCCAAUCAUGAGGAUUUACUAUCUCAGGCAACAUGGGUUGAAAAGUUAGAAGGGGUACUUUUUAUAAUGCAAUCUCACAUACAAAGCCUUCUGUCGGCAGUUGAGCGACUACGUGGAAAAAUUAUUGAUCCAUUUAAUAGAGUUGAGAUGCAAACAAUUGUAUUGGCACGGCUACAUGAAACCUCUGAUCUCUUGAGGAGAGUCGCUAGAAUGCAACAUUUGUCCAAGCGUUUAAAUUCUCAAAUGAACAGUGUCACUCAAGGACCAGACAUUGUCAAAGCUGCUAAUAGUCUACAUGAACUUGAGCAAUUAAUGGCAGACACAGACCUUAAUGGUCUAGAUGUGAUCGCGGAUGAUCAACAGGCUGUGAAAGCUCAGAGAGCUACGGUACAAAGAAUAGCCACUCAUACAUUAACUCAAGGUUUACAAGCAAUGGAUAGAACAAAGGUAAGCACAGCUGUGCAGGUAUUUCAGAAUUUGGGAAUACUGAACGGAGCUGUGGAUACAACCAUAGAAUCUACCCUGGCUGAAAUAGAGAAAAUUUCUACAGAGUCGUUAGAUGUAUCUUUCGUAACGAAUCCGGAUUUUGGAAAACGAGGGGCACCGGGCAGAGCUGCAAUCCCAUCGCCUGGAUCGUCCGGAAAUUUACGCACAAGAAUCUGGGAAAAUCUGGAGCGUCUUUUCCAAGAUACCUUGUACACGCAAUGCUUACAAAUCGAACUGUUGCAAAGGAUAUUGUUAGAACACCACACAAAAGGUUUCCACGACCUGUCCGAGAAAUUUUGGGAUAAGGUGAACGCUCUCCUCGCGAAAGUUUUGAAUGAACGCGCUCAAGGAUCGUCAUUUGUAAAACAGGCCUUAGAAGGAGAAUACCCUAAAUUUUUAAGAAUAUUUCUAGACUUGAGCAAACGUUUAAAAGAGAGAUCUCACAGUAUCGGGAUUUACGGUAUCGACCGCAAUGUUUUGCAACCAUUUGAGAACGCCUAUUUAUCGCGUUCCGUCUCACGGCUUUUGGAUCCAGUGCAUAAUAUGUUUUCCGGCGAGGGACUGCCAACGCACGAUGAGAUCGACAGUCUCAUACGUAUGAUUACAAACGAGCUGAGCGUAUCACUGGUGGAUGACGGACUCUCGACCGUCGUGGCGCGUAACGUGGGAAAAGCAAUAAGAUUAUUCUGCUUGAAAUGCGAGCAGAGCGUGGUGACCGGCGGUGAGGCUAGUCAAGUAAUCGACUCCCCUACUGCCGGUCAGCAGACAAAUGUCACGCUCGCAAAUCUCCUGCAUUACCUCUCCAGUCAGACGAAUCGCGUGAUCGCCAAUUUGGCGGCCGGCUUAAUCUCCGAAGGUAGCGUCGUCAUUACCACAGCGCUCAAGGAAACGGACGCGUUGACGAAAAACAUGCUCGCGCCGUUGCUGACUUCUAUCAGCGAUGCGAUCGAAAGCAUCAUCUUGACGAUGCACGACGAUUCCGAAUUCAGAGACACGAGUAGUCCUCUGGGUAAAGAAAUCGGCAGUUCCCUUUACAUGCGCGAAUUACAAGGGUUCAUCUUACGUUCCGUGAACACAUUUCUGCUGCCGUACAAGAAUCAGAUAGUCGUAGCUGAAAGUUGCAAAGCUGUGGCGUCGAGAUGCAUCGAGUUAUUCGUGCGUCAUGCUUGCCUGUUGAGACCUCUGACUGAUUUUGGAAGAGCGAAACUUCUAGUAGAUUUUGGUCAGAUGGAAGUUGCUGUAGCACCGUUGUGCCGCGGUGGUCAAAUGGGUCUGCUCGAGCAACAGCAGUACAGAACUUUGCGAGCGUUAAAAACCUUGUUUCCUCUCAGCCCCGAGGAGAUGGUCGAGAAGAUUUUAGAAGGUCAAGGGGAAAGCAGCGUACCACCGUCACUCAUUCUCUUGCACUUGUUUUCUGGCGCGCCGCCCGAAAUAACAUCACCGCACCAGAGCGCUGGAUGGUCCAUAGGCAGAUUGUCUCAGUGGAUGGACAACCAUCCGAACGAGAGAGAUAGAUUGGCGCUGUGCAGCGGGCCGUUGGAACGUUAUCAAUUGACGGUCCGACAACAAAAUCUUCCAUCAUUCCACCCUCUAUUUCCGCAGAUGAUGAAAUUGGUAAACUUGAGAGAACAUCAAAGUUAAUUAAAGCCAUGAUAUUAUGCAAU